AGGGGAGGGGGCGCGCGCCGGGCCGUGAUUGGUCGAUCCUGUCACGUGACGAGUAAGACCGGGAGCCGCCAGUUGGCGCGCGUUGGCCCGCCAGAUCGUCGGUGGAUGUGGCGUCAGUAGGUCGCCAGUCGGUGAGACGAGAGGUGUUGUGAGUGCGUGAGCUGCAGCCUUCACUGACUUUACGAGAUGGCUAUACCGUUCAACUUGCCUUCGGAUGAACAGACGGAAGAUAACUACCGCAGGCUGGACCAGCUUCUACACGACUUGUACAGAGUCCUCAGGCAGAUCCUAGUGAGGACUUCACAUUCUCCGGAACAGCCGAGAAACUCAGACGGGGAAGGAGCCGGAGCUGAGGUCCUGGCGGGAGCGGGAGCGGGCGAGCCGACCUCGGCGCCGAGCGGGUCUAGACAAGUCGUGGACGUCACCGGGUCGAGGCCCCUACCUGACGUGGUCUCCAGUACCCUCUCCUGCCGCUGCCAGAGGAGACGGCCCGUGCGUCGCCACAGGAGACGUCGCCGCUCGAGCUGCGCCCCCCUGGAGUCGCCUUGUCCCAGCCCCGAUGUCACCCAGUCGCUGUCGCCGAGACCCAGACCCCAACAGCCCGAGAACUGGGUGGUCAUCGGCGAACACCUCAGGAGGAUCGCAGAAGAGUUCAAGUCCUCGUUCAGAAAAGAAGAGGAGUCAAGAGAGCAAAAAGACGAGUUAAAGAUGGAGGUGAAGACGUCGGGCCUGUUCUCUCUGCUGGUGCCAGCCCAUUUUCGCAGUUCCUUGUGGACCACGGUCAUCCUACUGGUAGGCUGGAGACUGCUAGUCAGGGCCCGAUAGACCAGUAGUCAGUCAACUACCAGUAGUCUAGCCUACCAGUUUGUCUUAGUACGUAAUUCAAUUGUUCCAAAGAUGGCCAAACCAUGAAUCAAACAAUGAUCUCAAGAUUGGGGUGACCAUGACCACCCCGUUUCAGGGGCAUCUUGUACAUUGUCUUAGUUUCGUUUGUAAUAAUCGUCUUGUAUAGUUUGUAAUUAGUUUGUUUCUUUUCUUCUUUUUGUUUUUUUUGUAGAGUCCUAAGGGUAACUCUGAAUAGUUUUCACAUGAUCUCUGAAGGUAGAGCGGAUAUCGGGCUUAUAGCCCCAUAGCUGCUAGGCUGUAUAUAGUUUGCAAUGUGUGUCUACAUCGAGAUGGUUACAUCACUUGUAAGUAUAUAAAUAUUGUUUUGUUGAGCUUCACAGGCUCUCUCGCCCAAUCCCUUGUAAUUAUGGACUCUAUUUGUAUCUGAAAUAUUCAAAGUGUCAGUUCAUUCGUUAUUUUAUUUCAGUUAGUAUUAAUUCUAUAUAAUGUAAAGUAUUUUCGUGUCAUAUUUAUUAGUAAAUUAAAUCAUAAAAUAAAAAUUAUUGCUUAUUCUAUAAGGGAGGUUAAUUUUGUAAGAAAACAAGUAUUGUAAAGUAGUUUUAAGAAAUUUUAUAAUUUUGUAUGCGAAGGCAUUAAAACUAAAUUCAAUUUAUUUAUGUACUGUGUCAUCACUUGCAUUUAAAUUGGAGUUUGUAUUGUAUAUUCGUUUUCAUAUUGUAUUUUGCGAAUACACUUCAAGUACCCUGUUGUCUUUCAAUAUAUAGGCUACAUGUUGUUGAAAUUUUUUGAAUGUUACAAUUUAUAAAUGGCAUAGGCAUGAUAAAUAUUUUAGCAUUUUUUACACGUUUAUACAAAUUUGUAAAUUAGUGUAGAAUAAUUUUUAUUGUAGUUAAUUUACAAUAAAUUUUGUUACUCCAAUGUUUUAUCGAUUAAUGAUUAUUUUUGUAAACCAGUUAUGUGUAUAGGGUCCAAGAUAAAGCAUAUUGGGUGAUAUCUCAGACAUUAUAGAGCAAUGAGCGUGCAUGUCAAUGUGUGUCCAUAUACAGGUCCGUUCCGUACAUGUGUAUAGCAAUGUACAUAGGCUAGGCUUGUCGUGUAUAUAUGCUGUAAUGUUGUACGUCACAUCCGUUUACUGAUCCGCUGAUCCGCUGUUCCGUCGAUCUGUGGACGGAUGCCGUCAAAGCGCUACUGUGAUCUAAGAAGGUGACAUAAUACUGUAUUUCAUGAUCUCACCCCAACCCCUAGUCAGUAGACUUGUAGACUAGAGGUUAGGAAAUGAAUUUUAAGUGUGUUUAUUGUAUUUUUGUAUCGUUUGCACAAUCAUAUUUGAAGGCCUAUAAGAAUUUUGUGACAAGGUUUUUGGCUCAGGAAAUUUUUUAUGAGUUUGUAAUUGAUUUGCUUUGUACAUUUGUUUAUUUUUACGCAUCGACUCAUUUCUCGAAGCGGCUUCUCGGUAAAGCUAUGUUAGUACGUAUAUUUUCACUGUAUUUGAGGUUAUGUUUUGUACAGUAAUGUGUAUAGUAAUAUUUGUGGAGUUGCAGUAGUCACUGGGAAAAUCAGUAUUUGUUGUACAAAUCGGUGGCCUUGACGACAAAACAAAACCUCAACCAGUUCACCAUUCACUCAUAGUAUCAGUUGUUUGCUUUAGUUUGCUUGUUCUACUAUAGAUAUCAUAAGUUAAGCCGAAAGUGCUUGCUAUCUUUGCUACCACAGGUCUUUCAAUUUUGUACAGUUUUUCACUUUUGUAUGUAGUAAAAGUUAUUAUUAUUACAAUGAUUAUGAAUAAUGACAGUUUCAUUAUAUCAGUAUGUGUAAAAAUAAAUUCUGAUUUAUUUCA